AACCUCGCUGGUGGGCGCUUGAAUGCGUCUGCUCCCUGCUGAUUGGCGCCUUCAAGGCCGUCUAGGUCUCACGGACAGCUUCUCCAGCAUAAAAGGGGUCGCCUGAACUGGCAUCCUCCGCACAGGUGGCCAGAAAGGACUCAAUUCCCCGCUGCUGGCCUAGAGGGCUGAGAAGCAUGACGGGCCGGGAUGGGCUUUUGGAUGGGCGUUCCAGGAGUAGAGCCCUGGCGCCAGGCUGUCCCCCCACCGGCUCUCGCCUUCGAAGCUUCGCCAUCAACGACCUGCUGGGAUUGGAGGCAGACCUGCCGACUCCAGCGGAGCCUGGGCUAAGAUCCAACUGUGAAGCUCCAGCGGAGGCAACAGGGCCAGGACCGGGGCCGGGACUCUGCGGCACCUGCCCUGCUCGCGGAGCUCUCCCGCUGGGCCUGGGCCUCCUCUGCGGCUUCGGGGCACAGCCCCCUUCCGCGACCGCCGCUCGCGCACGCUGCCUACUGCUCGCCGAUCUGCGGCUUCUGCCGCCUGCAGGACCCGAGCCUGCUGUCGCCCAGAGCCCGGUCCACCCGCCGCCUGCGCUCGGCAGCCAGCAGCGCAGUGAGAACAUCUCCACGUCGGAUGGGGACAGUCCAUCUGAAGAAAAGAAUGACCCGAAGAUGUCCCUUACCCUGGGCAAGAGGAAGAAGCGGAGACACAGGACGGUUUUCACUGCCCAUCAACUAGAAGAACUGGAGAAGGCGUUUGGCGAGGCCCACUACCCUGAUGUGUAUGCUCGGGAGAUGCUGGCUGUGAAAACAGAGCUCCCGGAAGACCGGAUACAGGUCUGGUUCCAGAACCGGAGGGCCAAGUGGCGGAAGCGAGAGAAGCGCUGGGGUGGCAGCAGUGUGAUGGCUGAGUACGGGCUCUACGGAGCCAUGGUGCGUCACUGCAUUCCGUUGCCGGACUCCGUGCUCAACUCUGCAGACAGCCUGCAGGGCUCCUGUGCACCCUGGCUUCUGGGGAUGCAUAAAAAGUCUACAGAGAUGAGGAAACCUGAAAGUGAAGAGAAGUUGGCAGGACUCUGGGAGUUGGACCAUCUCAGAAAGGGUGCUAAGAAGGAUGAGGAUGGACCUGAGAGGGGACCAGGCAAAGCGAGCCUGAACCCUGAGGGCAGCUUGGAAGAUGUGGCCAUUGACCUGUCCAGCUCUUCCAGGCAGGAGACUAAGAAAAUGCCCUCAGGGUCCAGUACUCAGGGAUGUACCCACGCCCCAGGGCCGCAGGUGCUCCAGCCCCCACAGGUGGGAGCCUCAUGAGACUCACAGAUUGCGCCCCCAAAAGUUGGAAAAAACGUGUAUUUCUCAGGAGUACUUUUCAGGAGGCAGGUCCAAGACAAACACCUUCAGUUUGAUUUUCUUCCUGAAACGAUCUGGAUAAAAAGGCAACACUACAACGCUGAAUAUAUAACGACUUAGGGAAAGUCCCACUUAAUUCUAGAGUGGAGAACAUCCAUGCAACCUCUCAAGCUAGUCAACUUGGUUUUCUUUCAUUUUUCUUUUGUAGAAUUUGGACAUGGAAGAUUUGAAGUUCAACGAUAAUUUUAGGGAUAGAGUAUGAUGAGGCUCAGUUAAUAGCACACGUGAAGGCCUGGAUUUAAUACCCAGCACCGUGGAAAACAGAUGUAGUAGCUCACACCUGUAAUCCCAGCACUCAGGGGGUGGAGACAAGAGGUCCGACAUUCAAGAGCAUCCCAGUUUGGGGGGGGGAGAUUAUUACUACAUGGCAUUAAUUAAAAUGUAGUUGAAUCAUUAAAUGGCUGGUCUGACCUCCUCACACUAAGUUAGAAUAGUUGCUUUGUUGAAACAGGGUCUUGCUGUGCAGCCCAGGCUAGCCUCAUUUUCAUGAUCUCCUGCUUCAGCCUCCCCAGUGCUGGGUUACAGGUGUGAAAAUAAUUGUUUUACAUUCCUAGGAGAAGCCUCUAAACAGAGGAAUGAAUGAAUGAAUGAAUGAAUGAAUGAACGCUAUACUACAGUUCCUUGAGCUGGGUCUAGAACAUCCCCAUCUUUGUGAUAGGUGGUAAUUUUGUGUUCUCAGUCACUUGAUAGGCCUUGAAUAUUCAAUGUAUAAACAGCAAAGAAAGCCAUAUGCCUCUCCUCCUCUGAAGUCACCCGGAGUUGUGUUUAAGCAAUUGUUAAAUGUCUGCAGACUGUCUGAAGGUCGGACCCAACUUAUUGUUUUUUGUUUUUUGUUUUUUUGUUUUGUUUUUUUUUUUUGAGUUUAUGUUUGAAAGCACUUUAGUGAAUUGGAUUCAUGAAUGUUUUCUUUCCAGUAUUUCCUUUCCCAUUUAUUUAUUAUUUAAAAAAUAAAUGUGUGUUGUGUCUGGCGCAAAGCUACUUACUGGCCGCUCAAUAGACUCUCCCUUCAUGUCCCUUUUAAGUCUGGAAACGUGCAGAGCACGAUGUCUUUCAGGCUGCAGGACUCAGCGCAGGGUCUAUGUAGUGUCUGGAGCAGGAGCCCUGGCUGAGCCAGCUUUUGGAGCUCAGAGUCUGAAGAAGCGUUGUCAGUUUUAUGCAGCUUCCUCUGCAGGUUAUCUCAGGAACACAUCAGGUUGGGCUGCCCCCACCUCCACCCCCAGUCUCUCUAGAUAAGAAAAUGGGCAGUCUCUUCCUUUAGUCUGUUUUUAUCCCAUGCUAGUUCUGUAGUGUUACACUCUAUAUUAGUGAAGUAUUAACCCUGUGAGAUGAUGGCGAAAUGUUACUAAGGGAGAGAAACCCUUGCGGGGAAAGAUACAAGGAGAAAUAAAGAUGUUUAAAGUACACUGAAAAUGAAAUAAAUAACAUUCGA